AUGGGCUCGAUAUUGGAACAAAACUCGACUUUGGUCCGAAAGCGUAUUGAAAAUCAUGCGUUUGGCGAUGAGCAGGGCGAGGAGUAUGAAGGCUCCAAGUUCGGUGGCUUUGCCGACUACAUGCGAAGAAAGAAGAUCAAAUUGCAGAAUCUUGAUGCCGACAUAAGGUCGAAUUCUACUGAUAAACCCCAAAUCUUCCGUGGCAUCGUUGCUCAUGUCAAUGGUUACACUCAACCAUCGCUCAGUGACCUCCACAAUCUGAUAGUCAGCCACGGUGGUGGCUUUCUUCAGUACCUCGAUGGCAAGACAGCGGUUACCCAUGUCAUUGCAAGUCAUCUCACUCCUAAGAAGACUGUUGAAUUUGCAAGAUAUCGAAUUGUCAAGCCCGCCUGGAUAGUUGAUAGUGUGAACGCGGGCAGACUCUUACCAUGGGACUCAUACCGAGUGGUUGAUGAGGGCGUCACCCAAAAGGUCUUGGGCUUUGACGGUGGUAAAAUCGUCAGCCAGACGAGCACCCAGCGGCUCGGGUAUCGCGAUCAGACUGAUUCAAGUUGGUACACCUCUCAGAUGCGACAGCAAGCCGCGGAAUACCGGUUGACAUCACCAACAGAGCUCGAAAAAUUGAUACAUGAUAGUUCGGAGCCAGCGGCAUCCAUUGGCGGGAAUAGCCCAGCAACUAAGGCUGGUUCAGAAGUCCAGGAGAAGUACCCUGUACAAGAUCAAGCAGUUGAUCAAUCGGAGUCUGAUCUGCUAGGCUCCAAUCAUGAUCUGAAAACCUUUGGUGGCGCGUCGAAUCCGUCCUUGAACGAUACUCAAAAGCAGGAAAAGCCUCAGCUUACUGCCGAAGAGCACAACGCCAUUCUUCUCUCAAAUCCACAUCUAGCAAAAUCUAGCACGGCCAAUCCCGACUUCAUUAACCAGUACUAUCGUGAGUCUAGACUGCAUCACCUUUCCACUUGGAAGGCCGAUCUCAAAGCUCAGCUACAACGACGCGCUCAAGAAAAGACGUCGGAAAAAGGCAGACAAAAACGAGCACCAGGAGCUCGAGCAUACGUCAUGCAUGUUGACUUCGAUAGCUUUUUUGCUGCUGUUUCUUUACGAAAGCACCCUCAACUCGUUGAUAAACCAGUAGUGAUUGCACAUGGUACCGGUCCUGGAUCCGAGAUCGCAAGCUGCAAUUAUCCUGCUAGAAGAUAUGGAGUCAAGAACGGCAUGUGGAUGAAGUCCGCGCUAGAGCUUUGUCCAGAACUCAAAGCGUUGCCAUAUGACUACGCUGCGUACGAAGAUGCCAGCCGAAAAUUUUAUGACUCAAUUCUAGCAGUUGACGGUACGGUUCAGAGCAUCAGCAUUGACGAAGCUCUGAUCGAUAUCAGCGAUCAGUGUAUCAAAGCUGGUGGUUCGGACGGAAAAGGUGUCACAGAAGGAUCCAUCUACCGUGAGCAAGAGGCCGCCCAAGCACUUGCAAAGUCGCUUCGAUCCUCGAUCAAGGAAAAAACCGGCUGUGAUGUUUCGAUCGGCAUCGGAAACAAUAUACUCCUAGCCAAAGUAGCCCUUCGAAGAGCAAAACCCGCUGGCCAACACCUUAUCAAACCCGAUGAUGUACUUGAUUUCUUGGGCGAAUUGGUGGUUACAGAUUUGCCUGGUGUUGCGUGGAGCAUCGGGAACAAGCUGGAAGAGGUUGGCAUUAAGUAUGUCAAGGACAUCAGAGCUUUUUCAAAAACAAGACUUGUCAAUGCACUCGGCCCCAAGACUGGGGAGAGAUUGUGGGAUUAUUCAAGGGGCAUUGACAAGCAAGAAGUUGGUGAUCAAGUCGUCCGCAAAUCUGUUUCUGCCGAAAUCAACUGGGGUAUCCGCUUUGUCAAUCAACAACAGGCUGAAGAAUUCGUAAAGAGCCUUUGCGAAGAGCUGUCGAGACGUCUUUUGGAACAAUUGGUCAAAGGCAGGCAAUUAAGUAUGAAAAUUAUGAGAAAAGCUGCGGAUGCUGGAAUGGAUCCGCCUAAGAAUCUUGGUCAUGGUAAGUGUGAUACUUUCAACAAAAGUGUUAUGCUCGGGGUUUCUACGAAUGAUGGUGUAACCAUCGGGAAAGAAGCAAUAUCUAUCUUACGAAGCUAUGGGUUUCCGCCUGGAGAGCUUCGUGGACUUGGAGUGCAAAUGCAAAAGCUGGAACCGCUCAAACCACCAGGCACGAAGAAUACGGUGUUGGAUAGUAGCCAGCGACGAUUGCAAUUUAAGAAGCCGACUGCACCGACCACGCCAACAACUGCAUCCCCACUGCGAUCUUCAACACCGCCAUCUGUUCCAAGCGCACUGCGAUCCAAAGACCCCGUUGAUCAUAUUGAGGAUGUCCCGACCCCGGAGAAAUCGGCAGUGCACAGCACCGUUCCCAGUGCCCUAGAUACAAGAUCAACACUUAGGGCUCUUGGCCCUGAAGAAACCCCUCUGAAUAUCAGCGGCACUCAGUUCAUUAUCCCCACUCAGAUGGAUCCUACAGUGUUCGCUGAGCUUCCGAUAGACAUUCAGAACAAGCUUGGACCCAAGCAAAAGUCGAUUAGGGACAGCAUGACUCACGUCAGCAGCCAAGCACUCAGUGACCGCUCGCGCUCAGCCUCCCCGUAUCCAAUCGAGGGCGACACAGUACAGCCAAAUGAGAGCCAGUUGGAUCCUGAUAUUCUAGCGGCUUUGCCGGACGAUGUGAGGGAGGAAGUUCUGGCCCAGUACAAGGGCUCAGAUAAAGGAGUUGGAUCGCAGCAAAGAUAUGCCCACCCGAAAUCCCCUCACCGUCCUAGAACUCUUGGCUUUUCAAAAUCCAUUUCUAGGACGCCAACGAAGAAAACAAAAGUGCCAACCAUAGUCAGCAAAGGACGCUCGAAACGGAUGGGUAAUGACUCCACAUCCACCCUAACACAAUCUAAUUUCCUGUCCGCUCCCAAAAAAAGCGGUGCCCGCGAGCCUCAGGAGGACUAUGCAUCGGAAGACAUUUCAGAAUCUUUUUUGAAUGAGCUACCACCAGAUAUCCGUGCCGAGGUCCUGGCGGAGCAGAAGAGAAAUAGGAUGAAGUCCCGGUCAGGUCUAAAUUUUGAGAAUUCUCGAAAGAAACAAAAAAAUGCUCCAUUAGAUACAACACUGUCACGUGGACAACAGAAGCUGCAACUCUCCAAGCAACCAGAAAAGCCUACCUUUACGUCGCAGAAGCUUAGUUCGUUGCCCGAGCUACGGGAUGCGAUAUCGGCAUGGGUACGUGAAUUUUCCAUUGACGGAGAGGGACCAGAUAAGGAAGAUCUCAAUGCUCUUUCUGACUACCUCGGGAAAGUUGUUUCCAUCGAGCGCGAUAUGGGCAAGGCAAUUGGAGUUGUCAAUUGGCUAGCAAUUGUCAUUGACUACGAAAGAUUCCAGAGUUCAGAACUUCGAAUACUAUGGGAAAGUGCGUUAUCCGUUCUUAAACAGGAUGUGCAAAGGGCAAUUGCAAGUAGGGGACUGCCCCCAGUCGUUUUUGAUGGUUGA